AGUGCAAGGUGAGCUAAAAUUUCUUGAUAUAUGUCCUCUGUCGUGAGAAAACGGUCUCAAGAAAAAGUAAAAAUAACACAGGCUUCAUCAGAAUGGGUCUUUAAGUACAGUUCCACUUGUCUGAACGGGAUGGGAAGUCAAAAGUGAGUGGCACAAAGAGGGUCAGUCUCGUUGCCUUUCAUGAAAAGCUUUAACAGUUGCAUCUUUUCACCUUGAGGUUUCAGCCAACCUUUCCAUGUGGAAGAUGAUCAGACGUGAGCAGGAACUCCACUCUGACAGCUGCACCGUGGGAGCCUCGGCUGCUUCCGCGCCCUGACAGAAAAACAAACUUGACUUUGAGAGUUAAAGUAAAUCCAAAGCAAAUAAAAAAAUACAAUGAGUUUUACAUUAAAACACAUAAAAAUCAAUUGUUUGGUUUUCAUGUGACUGACUUACAUCACUCAUGUGCUCUCGUAGAGAUUACUGGAGCAUGGAAAUGCAGCCAGAGUUACACAUGUAGGUCUAAAUGUUUGUGUGAGAGGGUGGAGGUGAGGGAGGAUGACAGAAAGAGAGUGUGUUUGCACCGUAUGUAUGCAGAAGUGCGAGUGACGCUGGAGGAGAGAGCAACAGACAGAGACGACAGAGGGCUCGGUGACAAGCACAUUCUUCACACUCAAGACUAAUCUUUGCCCAAAGCAAGCAACCUGACGAAAGAAGAUCAUUGAAGGAUGUCAGGGGCCAACUGCUCGUUUGAUCAAAUGACUGAAAAGGAGUGGCUUUGUUCUCCAGAUCAGAGGUGCAUCAACCUGACCUCUGGCGUGAAUAAGAGUCUCAUUGAUCCGGACGAUGCCUGUCUGACAGAGGACGAGUAUCUAGAAAAAUAUCUGGGUCCACGCCAGUCGUCCGCGUUCCUCCCCGUCUGCCUGAGCUAUCUGGUCAUCUUCCUGGUCGGUGUCGUGGGAAAUGUGCUGACGUGCACCGUCAUCGCACGCAACAAGGUCAUGUGGACGCCAACUAACUACUACUUGUUCAGCUUGGCCGUGUCAGACCUGUUGGUGCUGCUGCUCGGUAUGCCUCUGGAGCUGUACGAGCUGUGGCAAAACUACCCCUUCCUGCUCGGGAAAGGAGGCUGCUACUUCAAGACGUUCUUAUUUGAAACCGUCUGCUUGGCGUCCAUCCUCAACGUGACGGCGCUGAGCAUUGAGCGCUACAUAGCCGUGGUGCACCCACUUAGAGCAAAGUAUGUCGUGACACGCACCCACGCCAAGAGGGUCAUUCUGACAGUGUGGGGCGUGUCGGUGCUGUGCUCUGUGCCCAACACAAGCCUGCAUGGGAUCAGCGUCCUUCACAUCCGCUCCACUGGACCGGCUGGAAACCUGAACGUAGAGAUUCCUGACUCAGCCAUCUGCACGCUGGUCAAGCCUCGCUGGAUCUACAACCUGACCAUCCAGCUCACCACCUUUCUGUUUUUCAUUCUUCCCAUGCUGACCAUCAGCGUUCUCUACAUGCUCAUCGGGUUGCAGCUGAAGCGUGAAAAGAUGCACCAAGCACUGGAGGCCAAGUCUGGGUUUGGACAGGAGAGUUUCUGUAACAUCCGCACGCGGCAGCAAAAGAUACGACGCCGGCAAGUCACAAAAAUGUUAUUUGUUUUAGUGGUAGUUUUUGGGAUCUGCUGGGCACCAUUUCACAGCGACCGCCUCAUGUGGAGUUUCAUUAGUGAAUGGACUGACAGCCACAGGGAAAUCUUCGAGUAUGUGCACAUCAUCUCGGGAGUGUUUUUCUAUCUCAGCUCAGCAGUCAACCCCAUCCUCUACAACCUCAUGUCGACGCGUUUCAGAGAAAUGUUCAAAGAGGUCAUGUGUCACAGGCAGCACAACAUCACGCCCAGAAAAAACUCCCUCAGUGUCACCCGGCUGACGCUGCGCAGCACCCUCAGCGAUGCCCCGCUGAGCAACGGAACCGCCGCCGUCGAAACUGAGGCCGAAGACGGAGAGCUCAGAAAGAAGGACGAGAUCCCUGAAUCAAAAAAGUACUAGUAAAACUACCUAAGGUCAUGUGUUGUUGGAAUUCCGUUUCAGAGGGCAUGUCUGUUCUGACCCAGUGCAUUCAUCAUGUGUAAUCUGAAGCCAUUAUCCACAGGUUCAUGUCAAAGUGGCAUCUGAGUGGAAGCAUUGUGGAAAAAGGUGAAUCAUUGCACAGAUGCUUUCAGACAGCGUGUGUUAUUUAUAGGAUGUCAUUAGGUAACCAAUGGAAAAGGUAUUGUCCACCCAGCACUUGAACACUUACACAACCUCAUUUUUGUACAAACAUCCGUGAAAACGUAGUCAUUGAAAUAGUCGAACUUUGACGAGACACUUGUGAAUGUAAAACAGAAUGUCUCACCAAAACUCAACUUGAUUUGUGAACACUUUAUUCAAAAUAAUAUUACACAGAUAGCAUUUAACUUAGCAAAAAAUGUACAUAAUGGUACCACUGACAGCAUAUAGAGAACUGGACCAGGUGUGACGUCAAACAUUUUGGUUCCAGCGAAAUGAAGCCAAAUCAGUUGCCAUUUUUCCACUAUAUGGAUGCCUCUGUUUGGAGCCAGACAUGGUUAGUAAGCAGUAAAACGAUGGAGGUGGGGGCCAGCGAGAACCACAUGCUUUUACUGAGGCAUCCAAUUGGUCAGGUUAUAACUUGAAUAACUACAAAAAAAUACAAAGAAAAAAAA